UGAAAAUAUAUCGCAAUAGCGUUCUGGUCUCUCCUAUUUGGGACUUCCAUUUGGCGAGUUCGAUUAGGGUUUUCAGGGUUUCCUGCUGCGCUACUAGAGAUGGGAGGAGGCAAUGGGCAAAAGUCGAAGAUGGCUAGGGAGAGGAACAUGGAGAAGAACAAGGCCGCAAAGGGGAGCCAGCUGGAUUCAAACAAGAAAGCGAUGACCAUCCAGUGCAAGGUGUGCAUGCAAACCUUUAUCUGCACCACAUCGGAGGUGAAGUGCAAGGAGCAUGCUGAAGCCAAACACCCCAAGUCUGAUCUUUAUACUUGCUUUCCUCAUCUUAAAAAGUGAGUGGUCUAGUGACAAUGGCCUCUUUUAUGUAUAUCCAUGAAUCUCUAUAUCUUGAUGUGCCUGUAUGCUUGACUCCUGGGGAAGUGAGAGGAGAACAAAGAUGGGGCGAACCCAAAAAGUUCAACUGUGUGAUGAUCAACGGUGUUAGCAUCUGUGUUUUACAAACCCAUAUAUCCUAUAUAUGGGAGGUUUGACUAUCAUAUAGCGUGCCAACAUUCUGAAGCCGAAAUGACUCAUGUCUCAUUAAUUACAUGUUCAGCAACGUGCAACAUGUCAAGGUCUUUUUCCUCCUAACAUCUCUUUCUGUUUUUCCUUCACCUAUAUCGAUUGUCUUUAUGCAAGGCUUGAGCUUUUAUCUCAAAAACUUAUCAGGGUUAGGUUCGGAUUUACAGUUUAAAUAUAACGGUUCUAUAAGGUGUUUAUUUUAGUCUUA